AUGAGCUUGGAUCUGAACUAUUUUAUUCACUACUCUGGAUAUGGACUCGGUACAGUUAAUGUGGAGCGUACACAUCGCAUAAUGCAUGUUCGAGGAUCCAUCUACACAAAGGAGGAUACACUCGAACGCAAUAGGAUUUCCAUGCGUGACCUCAUCCCAUAUGCACCUUUAGACUUCAAAAUCGAGGAAUCAGACGAACAGAUGUUUGAAUACGUGGAGGGCAAUUAUAGCAAUUGGAGACGUCUUGGUGGAGGGGCGACAGUUCAGGGCAUUAUCACGGAAGGCGAAAUGGACAUGGACACGGUCCAUCUGGUGUUUGUUGUGCAGGAGUCCGUUGUUCCGGCCAAACGCUCACGUCCUAGCGCAGAAAGCGCAUUCAAAACUUUGAAGCGCUCCAAAUUCGCUACCAUGGCACCAUCGACGUUUGCUACACCAUCGGUAUACAAAAAAAAUCAAGAGACUGAUCAGAGGAUCUUGGAUGACAGACCCUGCCCAGAUACCGAUGUGCCUCCUAUUGCAUUACUAUAUGCUGGAUUUGGACGUUUCAUAGAUAUCUAUCAGGGUGAUAAAGAGGCCCCAACCUUGUCGAGGGAAGAUGCUGCAUGCUUUGAGACAGCUGUUGACGAAUUCGCAGACGAGAUGACUUGUUUCUAUGAUCACGAGAAUCUUAGGAGGGAUGCAGCUAUUCCUAUUCUUAACAGAAUCCUGCCUACCUUUGCAGGUCCUACGCUUGGAUGGCGACAUUCGGGGAGAGCACGAAAUAAUGUUAUUUGUUGA